AUGGUCAGGUCGACCAGGGAGCGGGUGGAGCUAGAGGGGGCGGUGGAGGAGGCGGUGGGGGUGGCGGGGGGAGUGGGGGUGGCGGUGGGAGUGGUGGCGGGAGUGGAGGUACUGGUGGUGGCGGUGGAGGCGGAGGUGGCGGCGGAGGUGGUAGCGGAGGAGGCGGUGGGAGCGGUGGGAGCGACGGUCCUGGUGGGGGAGGUGGCGGUGGAGACGGGGGUGGCGGUGGAGGCGGGGGUGGCGGUGGAGGCGGGGGUCGGGGUGGCUCAUCCCAGCGGAACAGCUCUGGGGGUGGUGUGUCCCAGGUAG